AUGAAUAAAAGAUUUUUUCCUUUCGUUAUAUUAUUUCUUACAAUUUACCUUACACUUACAUAUUUGAUAUGUUUUCCACCAAAUGAUCAAUUGGUCUAUAAGGAACAAACAAAUGGUAAUGAAAAUGAUGUAAAAAGUUCCUUUUCAAAUCCAUCAACUUGUUCUGACCCCAAUGGCGUUGUUUCUAAUGAAGAAAGAUAUAUGACAUAUUUGCCACAUAGUGGAUUUCAUAAUCAAAGAAACAGUCUUGAAAAUGCCGUUUUCUUAUCAUGGGUGUUGAAUCGUACGUUGAUCAUGCCACCAAUCCUUUUUUCCAAGAAGAAAUAUAUCCCUCAUCGUCCAUUUGAUGUAUUAUAUAAUAUGUUAAAUGGUAAUUUAACUAACGACAUAGCUUUAUGUGAGAUCAAAGGUGUUGAAGAUCAAGCUUGUAAGUUUACGCAAUUAGAUUGGGAAGAAUUAUUGAAUUUUGAAUUUAUAAAGAAACAUAUUCGUUAUGUUCAUCGUAAUGAUACGAAUUUCGAUGUCAAAGAACUUUAUUCUUAUUUAAAUAUUACGAACCCUGAAACUCAAGUUUAUACAUUGGCAGAAGAAACAAGAUAUGAUUUUCAAUUUUAUGACGACGAAAAUACCACUCAAGUAUCAAAUGAUAAUUUCAAAUUUCUGGUUAAUUUGUGUUCCUUACAAAAACGUAAAGACAAACUUAUACAUUUUGGUUCGGUUUAUCAUUUGCUUAGAUUCAAUUUAAAAAACGAAGAUAAUAUUGAAUUUAUUAACUCUGUUAGAGAAAAUAUGAUAAUUAAUCAUCCUGUUUUAUUGAACGUUGGCGAAAAGAUUUCCGAACAAUUAGGUGGAAAAGGUGCAUAUAUUGGCGUUCAUUUGAGGUUAGGUGAUAAUGGUUUAGAUAGAAAAUUCGGCGAAAAAGCGGAAGAAAAUGUGGAUCAAAUCAUAAAGGAAUUAUUAAAUGAGCUUCCAACAACUCCAUUGGAUGAAGACGAUGUUUACUUAGCAAAAGAUUUAUUCCCUGUAGAAGCAAUUACAAUAGAUGCCAAGAAAUGUUUACGAUCAAUUGCUGCGGAGCAACGUCAUGUUCCUAUCAUUUACCUUGCUAGUGAUAAACCUCGUAAAGAUCAGAGAUUAAGGAAAUUCUUUAGAGAAUUUCCUUGCGUAUUUAUGCUAUCUUCAAACUUUACAAAAUAUUUAGAUGCACUAAGUAAAUUAAAAAACCCGAGAGAUGGUGCUUUAUUAUUUCAAUACUUUGUUCCUUUCAUUGAUGGGAUUGUAGCCGCGAGAGGUGGUAAAUUUAUUGGUACACCCGAAAGUACAUUUUCAGACUAUGUUUAUAGAUUACAUCACCGUUGGGUUGGGUCUUAA